UGAAUGGGUUUGUUUUGGGCCUCAAUAAAACUUUUGCCUGCGGGAGAGAUAAUGCUCAGUAUUUUGCCUAUAUUUACACCAUUCUGCUGUUGUCAGCCUCACAUUACCCAGCCGUCUUGUUUCUCCCAAGCGUAGUCUAGCAUCAUCUCUUGGACGUUAUGCUAACCGACAGUGCUUAGCUAGCUAGCAAGCUAGCUGCUAGCAGCUCGAGUUCACAUACGGAUAGUUGCCCUCAAUGGGUAGGGCAUUUUAACAGUUCAUCAAAGAAUACAGCACGUGUGAUAGUUUAGCUGGAGCAUCUGAGUUCAUAAUGGACCUUAAUUUUUAUUCUGACCUGUCGGAUGGUUGUGCUCAAAAUGUUGACUCGGAGUUUUUGGACUCCCAGGCGUACGGUGGAUACUCUGAGGAGAACAAGUUUCCAGAAGGCAGUGACAGUUACCUCGCCAUCAGCGGAGCGGGCCACCCCUUUUUGUCCGCAGAGCAGACAUUUCACACCCCCAGUCUCGGAGAUGAGGUCUUCGAGAUCCCCCCCAUCUCCCUUGAUCCGGAUCCAGCUCUGAGCAUCAAUGAUGAGGUGUCUCACUACGAGCUGACUGAUGGCUCCGACGGCUCCGGGAGACCUUCAGGCUCCCGGAGUCUUGUGAGUAACCUGGUGGUGGAGGCCAAUGACCCUUCCUUUGCGUCCACCUUUGUGAACUCUUGCCCUCGAGGCCUGGAGCAGAUGAACCUUGGGGCAAUGGGCCAGACUGGAGGUGGAGCCCUGCUGAGCUCUUCUGCACUGGAAAUGGGGAACUCCAGUGGUUCACACUUCAGCAGUUCCUCCCCGAUGACCAUUGAUGUUCAGCUCGGUGACAUUGGUCAUGGUCUUUUGGGGAGCAGUCAGCUCUCCACUAUUAACCCGUCGGAGCUGGCGCUGGGGCUUGGAGGGGAAAACAUGCCUGAGCAGCCGCUGUCAGCGACACCAUCUCCAGCUGGUUCUUUACAGGAUGAGGAUAUGGACGACUUCAAGAGGAGUGUGCUGGUGGACUCCCCCAUGUCUCUCUCUUCUUCCUUUGUCCUCUCCCAGAUGUCCUCCCACCCGGCUCCCCCAUCGUCUGUCUCCACGGCUACAGCCAGGAGGGGCGGGGGGAAGCCCGCUGCACUGGCCUCGGCAAGUGUGGCAGUUGGCGCAAAGAAAGUAAGAAAGAAGAAAGAUCCCAAUGAGCCACAGAAGCCAGUUUCUGCAUAUGCGUUGUUCUUCAGAGACACACAGGCGGCCAUUAAAGGCCAGAACCCCAAUGCCUCUUUUGGGGAGGUGUCGAAGAUCGUGGCCUCCAUGUGGGACAGCCUGGCUGAGGAACAGAAACAGGUGUAUAAGAGAAAGACAGAAGCAGCCAAAAGGGAGUACUUGAAAGCCCUUGCAGCCUACAAAGCGAACCAUCUCUCACAGCCUGGCACUGAGGAAAUGGAGACCGCCCCUUCACCUCCUCCACCUGUGGUUGACCUGACUGCGACAACGCCUCCCUCUGCUGGUCACCAGGCAGUUCGCUCGGCCAACAGCAACGCGGAGGAGAACACCAUCACCAACAUUUGUGCCUCCAACAUCAUCCUGGACGUCCCAGAAAUGGCCACACGUUCCCGCACAGGAGCAAACAAAGCUUCUGCUCCUGCAGCACCUCCAGCAGCCCAGACCAUCACCAAGAUCAUCAUCCCAAAGCACAUGCUGCAGGGUGGGGGGCAGGUGGUGACUGUGCUGCCUGGAGGGGUCCGCGCCUUGCAGCCGACCCUCGUGGUCUCUGGCGCCUCGCGUCAGCCGCCUCCGCUGCAGCAGAUGCAAAACGCGCCGCCUCCACCUCGGCUCCAGCAGAUGGCACCGGCACCUCCGCCCUUACAGGCCAAACCCCGCGAGGGAAGCAGCGUACCGGGCCACCCUGUGUCCGUGACCGCUACACCUCCGCCUCCACUCCAGAUAAAAAUAGUUCCAGCCUCCAUUCAGGGCAAAGAAGCUCUGCCGAGAAUUGUCCCCAACACGGCGGCUGCAUCAUCGACUGCGACGACAUCCGGCCAGUCUGCACCAGUUGUGUCGGUGCAGGUCGUGAACUCUGCUGAGACGUCAGGCAACGGAGACGAGGAUGUUGUUACAGAAGUGCUGCCUUCAGAGGAUGAGAUGGAGAUGAACGGGUCCGGUGAUGCUCUGAGGAGUCUGUGUGUGAGGGCAGGCUGCAACAACCCAGCAGUGGAGAGUAAAGACUGGGACAAAGAGUACUGCAGUAACGAGUGCGUGGCCACUCACUGCAGUGAUGUUUUUAAGGCGUGGUGCGCCAUCAGGAGUCAGAACCUGGGAACGGUGAAGUAAAGAACAGCUGCUGCCACUCGUGUGAACAGAGUUUUUCAGCCGGAGACGGUGCUGAAGGAUGGAUGCAGUGCAAAAAGGGUGAAAAUGCAUUUCCCAGCAAAUACACGAGAGUCAUAAUUCUCACUGCUAUGUACAUUAACUGCAGGUUUGACAGUUGUAUUUUUCAGAACAAUUAACAGUACAGACUGCUAACAUGGAGCGGAGUUAGGACAGCCAUUCCACGCUACUGUUGUCGGACUUGUUGCAACACGAAUGUCUGCAGUGUGGAUACUUAUGUAGGCUAAUGGUCAAGUUUGUAUGAAACUUCUAGGCAGACGUCAAGAGACUUAAAGGCAGCUAGAGAAGUAUGAAAGAUGCUUAAGACAAUGAUCUCUAUUCUCUUUGGUUAUAGUUGUUUGUAAAAGACAAAAUAGGACAGAUAAUAACAUUUCAGCUUUUUUACAGCAGACAUUAUUGCACAGUGUUCAUUGUCCUGUUGUGUACAUCAAGGUUUGAACGUUUCUGAAAGGUUUCUGUGUUUAAUGUCUCUCGUAUUAAGAACCUACAACAAUUGUUUCAUUUAGCAGAAAAUGCCUUAGUUUGAGGAAAACCAGUUUGUAUCACUGUAUAACUUGUUUUGUACUGACAAUAGUGGCCUUCCUGGCUGAUUAUUGCCUUCAUUUUUUGUAAAACAUUCAGUUCUAAAGGAAGCUCAGCCUUUAUGUUUUCUUAAUAAAUGAGCCAAAUUGCUCAAGCAAG